AUGGCCACUUAUCCGCAGGAAAUCACCCUCAAAGUCUUUGUGAACAAGACCAAGAACUGCGUAGAUUUUGUCGAAUCGGACUUGGAUUUCGUAGAUGUUCUCCUCAGCUUCCUCACUCUGCGUGCAAGUCUCAAAUGCGAGUGUGGUGGUGACAUUAAUACGUCAGUUAGUUAUGAUCUGAAUCGAGAUGAUGUUAAUUAUGAAGAAUUUCGUGGGGUAUUCAUCAAAGGGGCUAAAUUUGUUGUUACAGAUGCUCUUUGCAUAUCUUUGGUUGAGGACCUCAUUUCGACUUUAAACAAAUGUGUCAAUGGUGAUCGUAACCACAUGGAAGUGAGAUUGGUAAAGAUUAAACGAGAACAGGUUUUACGUAUUCUUAAAAGGUCUCUCAUUUCCGACACUCCACUAACUGAUGUUUUAUUGCAAAAUGGAGAAGGCAUCACACCCAAGUUUUCUGAUUCUUUAGCUGGAAAAAAAGUUGAAAAAAAGGUGAUCGAUAAGGAGAAGAAGGUCUGCAAACUCAACAUGGUUCUUACUCGUAACAAGGUGUUGUAUGCUGUGGCGAGUCAGGACUUCGUUGAUUUAAUUUUCAGUUUUCUCACAUUUCCAUUGGGUUCUCUGAAGAAGCACUUGGGCAGUCGAUUCCGGAUGGGAUGUCUCAAUAAUUUGUAUGGUAGUGCAGAGCGUUUGCGGUCAUCAGGUUACAUGACUGCAGGCUGCGCAGAGAGACUGCUUAAUCCUAAGCUUGCGCCAUAUUUCAACUGCAAGAAUCAAGUCAUUGGAGUGGAGGAGGAGAAGGAAGAUCUCUACUAUACAUGUAACGGCUUCUGCAAACUAACCGCAUUGUAUUUCUCCUGCAAAUCACAUGGGUAUUCUCCUUACCAUGAGAGCAAUCAGGUAACACUAGUAGAUCCCAAGAGUCAACUCGGAGGAACAAUUUCUUCACAUGGAAGCUAUUGUCAAAAAUUAAUGUACAUGGUCACUGACGAACUGGUAGUCACCCCACUAUCCCUCGAAUCUGUCGUGUCAUUUCACAACGAAAUCGCUGAUCCAAUCAAGACGGCAGAGUUAAGCGUAACUGAAGCGGAGAUUCUUGAUGUUCUUGCUGUUGCUUUGACGUCCAAUACAGCUCUAACAGACGCCUUCUUAGGAACGACUGUCGGUGUGUUUACUUCGGUGGACGUGAAGGGUGAAUGA